UCCUCCGCUCACAUCCGCUCGACUCGAUAUUUGUGUUGGGGGGGAAGAAAAAAAAAAAGAAAGGACUUGGUCAAACUGCAACGAUGUCAGUCCAGGUUGUGGCAGCGAAAAUGGCAGAGGUCGAACUCAAAGACGUCCCCACCGGCAAAGACUUGCCGGCUGUCUCCCCUGUGGAGACACCGGCCUCGGAGGGCAAGUCCCUCGCCAGAGGCGACCCACAAAAGGCCGGUUCUUCAGACGCCGCGUCUCCAACAGCGGAGCCCUCCGCGAAAGCCGGAGAAGGCAGCCUGGCUUCGCUCGCCCCGAACCACGCGAAGAUGCCCCAGGCGUCGGCUAUGAAGCGGACUGACCCCCAGCAGAACGGUGGAGAGGCUUUCGUCAACCGGGACGGCACCGUGGCCGAGGCCCCGCGGAUGAAAAAGAUCCAGUUUGCGGACCAGAAACAGGAGUUCAACAAACGUCCGUCCAAGAUCGGCCGGCGCUCCCUGUCCCGCUCCAUCUCCCAGUCGUCCACUGACAGCUACAGCUCAGCGGCGUCGUACACGGACAGCUCUGACGAUGAGACGUCUCCUCGGGACAAACAGCAGAAGAACUCCAAGGGAAACGGCGACUUCUGCAUCAAGAACAUCAAACAGGCCGACUUUGGCCGCAGAGAGAUCGAGAUCGCAGAGCAAGAGAUGCCCGCUCUGAUGGCUCUGAGGAAGCGAGCCCAGGGGGAGAAACCCCUCGCCGGUGCCAAGGUGGUGGGCUGCACCCACAUCACCGCCCAGACUGCUGUGCUGAUGGAGACUCUGUCAGCUUUGGGGGCUCAGUGCCGAUGGGCAGCCUGCAACAUCUACUCCACCCAGAAUGAAGUGGCCGCUGCCCUGGCAGAGGGAGGUUUCAGCGUCUUUGCGUGGAAGGGUGAGUCAGAGGAUGACUUCUGGUGGUGCAUCGAUCGCUGUGUCAACGUGGAAGGCUGGCAACCCAACAUGAUCUUGGAUGACGGUGGAGAUCUGACUCACUGGAUCUAUAAAAAAUACCCCAACAUGUUCAAGAAGAUCAAGGGCAUCGUGGAGGAGAGUGUGACUGGCGUGCACAGGUUGUACCAGCUUUCCAAAGCUGGGAAGCUUUGUGUCCCAGCCAUGAACGUCAACGACUCGGUGACCAAGCAGAAGUUUGACAACCUCUACUGCUGCAGGGAGUCCAUCCUAGACGGCCUGAAGAGGACCACUGAUGUCAUGUUUGGAGGCAAACAGGUGGUGGUGUGUGGAUACGGAGAGGUGGGAAAAGGCUGCUGCGCCGCCCUCAAAGCAAUGGGCUCCAUCGUCUAUGUGACAGAGAUCGACCCCAUCUGCGCCCUGCAGGCCUGCAUGGACGGCUUCAGGCUGGUGAAACUGAACGAAGUCAUCAGACAGGUGGACAUUGUCAUCACCUGCACAGGCAAUAAGAACGUGGUGGUGAGGGAGUACCUCGACCGCAUGAAGAACGGCUGCAUCGUCUGCAACAUGGGACACUCCAACACUGAGAUCGAUGUGGCGAGCCUGAGGACUCCUGAGCUGACCUGGGAGAGAGUGCGCUCGCAGGUGGACCACGUCAUCUGGCCUGAUGGCAAGAGGAUAGUGCUGCUGGCUGAGGGUCGCCUGCUGAACCUCAGCUGUUCCACUGUGCCCACCUUUGUGCUCUCCAUCACCGCCACCACCCAGGCGCUGGCUCUGAUAGAGCUGUACAACGCCCCGGAGGGACGCUACAAACAGGACGUUUACCUGCUCCCCAAGAAGAUGGACGAAUACGUGGCUAGCCUCCACCUCCCCACGUUCGACGCACACCUCACAGAGCUGAGUGACGAGCAGGCCAAGUAUCUGGGCCUGAACAAGAAUGGGCCCUUCAAGCCAAACUACUACAGGUAUUAAAACCGGUGUCGGACUGAAAAAAAGUUCAAAUACUCCGUGGGAUGCCACCGACUCAUUGAAGGAGAGGAGGAGGAUGAGGAGAAGAGAAGGAAGGACGGCUGGGCGGAACAGUCAACACACAUGCUUUAUAUUUCUUUGGGGGGGUGGGGGAGGCUCUGGGACACUGAGUCUGAGAUGGAGGAGAAGGGGCGUGGCGUUUCCUGCGCUUAAGGCAGCCGUUUUAAUUUAUUCUAACUUAACAAUAAUUAUAACAUUAACUGUGACUGCCAUUGGCCAUUAGCUAGUUCUCCUGGAAGACGUUUUACUCCUCUUCCACUCAACAUUUCACCACCAUCGUCUCUUUUCUCUUUCGUCGCUCAUUCGUGUGUGGAGUUGUCGAGUUGUUCCUCCAAUCCUCCCUUGCCAUUUUCAGAUUUUUUUAUUGUUUUAAGAGGAAAUUAUUCAUGCUGAAAAGAUAUAUACUAUAUUGAAAAGAAGCAUCCGUGUGAAUGAACAUGGCCGUUUGAGAUUUAGUGACGGAUACCUUUUCAUGUUCCUUUUUUUUGGUCAUCUUUUUCUUUUUUUACUACCUGUGAUUUGUUUUUUCUCUUGUGUAAUAUUGCAAGGUUGGGGUUAGACCUAGUGGGUGGGCAUAGGCGGGAUCUCCGGGUCCAAUCAUAUCGUGUCUUUUAUUUGAUCGUUUUCGUUGAGAUUCUCGGUUGCGUCUGUUUUUAAACAUUUUUCUAUGUCCUUUCGGAUCAGCCUGGACAGUCAAAGCCACAGUGAAACCAUCUCAUCGGCUUCCAUCUCACUGCUUCUCGGCUUGCUGCUGAGCCCACCUCGCCAUUGUUGAAGUAAUAAGUAUUUCAUGCUUGCAAGCGCUAACCACUUCGUUUAGUCUUUCUUUACCAAGAAUAACUACUAUAUUUGAAGCAUGACAGGUUGUCAGAUCAUUACAAGCGGUAUACUGUAUAUUUAGAUGUUUAUAUUGAAAUUAAAAUGUUUCUAUCUUCUCUCCUGCAUCAUCUAAUAGCAUUACUUUUGAACAAAAAAAAAAAUCAACAUAAGCAAUCAAUACUCGUGUAAUAGAUUUACUGAAGCCCUCAAUUUGAAUACUGUGAUAGAAAAUAUUUACAGAAAUACCAAACGAGCAGCAAGUUGCGACCUGGCCAGUAGAUGGAUAUCUUCAAUCGGGUCCUCUUUAAAAAGCAUGGGGCUGUUAAGACUUACUGUCUUUACCACACAAACCACAACUGGUACUCACGGAAGACGUCAAGGGGUUCAGUUAGAAAAAUAUAAUCUGGGACCUGAAUGCUACAAUGAAUCACGUUCUUUUCCUCCGCUAAGCACGUUUACCGUUGCUGCAAAUUCACAAACAUUUACCAGUAAAUGGAUCUCCAAAACUUGGCGUUCUAUCUUAUAUAUAUUUUAUUUGUCCCCCCCACACCUGAGAGGUUUAGUCUCUACCGGCAUACUGACAUGCACGGUCGUCAUGAUCGGCAGCUCGUCCCCAGCUGACCUGCCGGUGGACAUUAGGAGGUCCUGACAGUCAUUUCACCUGACAGCCGAGUGCACCCCGCUGCCAGCUCUGCUUCCACAGAGAAGGAUCAAAUGCUGAAACACGCAAACACACACAGAGGCUCUCUGUCCCGUUCUGGAAUGCGCUGCACCUUUUUUAAGGAAAAUCUAUUUGAUCAUACUACAGAUUUUGAAAUGGCAUAAAACACUUUGUUUACCAGUUUAAUAAAUACUUCUGCCUACUCAAAAUACAAAUAUGCACACGUUAUGCAUUUUUUGUUAUGAGUAAGAUCAUUACACAAUAUUUAAAGUCUUUAAAGGAGUUUUUAGACAGUUUGGUAAAUGGUCAUAGUCCCCUUCUUGCUGAGAGUUAAGAAAAUGUACCGGACUCUUAUUUUUGUAUGAGAAAUCUAUGUCUAAAUUGGGUAAAAGCAAAUUGAAAUCUAAAUAAAAUAUACAUUUUAAUGGUGCAUAUGAACACAAACAUAGCAUAUUGCCACCAUGUAAAGACCAGAUCGUACACUGUGUCAUGGCCCACACAACCACAAUAUCUCUCUGUCCUUGUGCUGUUGAAACCCCCCCACCCCCCCACACACACUUCAAGCAGGGUGACCUGUUGUUCGGUGGAGAUCUCAAACUGUUGUCGUGAGUCUUAUUUUUCUCUUUUGAAAGUGUGAAUGUGUGUCAUAAAGAUUGUUCCCUCUUGAGAGAAAGCUGAGGUGAUUCCAGAUGAAGACGUGUGUCUGUGAAUGUCUUUCCGUGUUUGUUCACAUCGUUUUUCAUUGGCCACGGUUGCGUUAUUUUUUUAUUGCUUUGUCAGCCGUAAGCUGACCAACAAACGGGUGGGCGGGGAGGGGACACCAGCAUCAUAUGUGUGUAUGCAUACAUUAUACAGAUACGACAGACAUUUAAAAGUAUAGAAAGGCAAAAGAAGAAUCCACUCCUGUAUUUAUUGACGUAAAUCCUCUUUCAGUGCAAACCAGGCAAAAAGAUCUCCAAAUGUUUAAAGUUGUCUAAUAAAGAAACUUGUUUAAAUAUUGCAAGUGAUAAUGGUAGAUGAUGAGCAAUAAUUUAAAAACCGUCUGUAAUCUUAAUGAAUAAAGAUGUAAAAAUUGAA